AUGCUGGAUCCCAAUACAGGAAGUAGAGGAAAUGGUACAGAACUUAACAUUGAACAAAGUCCAAGAUCUCCUUUGAGUGCAAAGUCCCCGAAAUCACCGAGGUCCCCCUUCAAAUUCAAUACAAAGAAAUCGCAAUUACUACAUCAGGCUCAAGCUCAGGCUCAGGCUCAAGAGCAACAGCAACAGCAGCAGCAGCAGCAGCGGCAGCAGCAACAGCAACAAGGAGAACAGGAACAAGAACAAUCUCAAAGAAACGAAACUUCCUCUAUGCAAGAAGGCGACCUGCAGAUAUCCAGAAAAGAUUUAUCAGUUACCAGUGGGAGUGGCAGUGGAAGUGGAAUACCAAUAUCACAAACUCUUCCUUCUCUUUCCUCAAUUCAAUCUUCAAGGGCUUCAGAUAAGGUCGGCGUAAUAGAAAGACCUUCUCGAACGGGAUUCUUCUCAAAUUAUAAAGCAACAAAAAGUGCAAGUAAACUUCAAUCAUCAUCCACCUCACCAUCAGAUAUAUCACGCCAAGUGAAUGUUGUCGAGGACAAUAAUAUGUCUAGAGACACAGACCGCCCUACGAUGAGCGUAGAGGUUUCAUCACAGGACACUAAAAGAAGUGGUACUACUAGAUCAUUAGUUAGUAAACCGGUCGGGGUAUCGUCAAGAUCUGACGCCUCGCUGGCAUCAUCAACGAACGAAUCCCCACAACAGAAUUCGGAUUCAAAUUCCAUCAAUAAUCGAAAGAAUAAAUCAAAGCAAUUCAGUCUCCUCGGCAGAACCAGAUCACUGCGAGAUGAUCAAAGCCCCGCCGAGCCAUCUCCGCCAAAAAAUAAUUAUUUGGAUCCCGACUCAUCCACACAUCAACACACAAGUUCCUCAGGUUCUAUAAAGACGACGACACCGGCUCGAGGCGACGACGAUAUGAAUUUCAGGGAGAUGUCGACUCCAACCAAUAUUCGACAACGAUCGCAAGACCGCCAACAUAGUCGCUCUCGAGAUAACCGCGGGAAGGAAUCCACAAAGGAACACACGAAGGACGGUGGCAGAAAUCAAUCAUCCUUCUCCUCGACAUUUAAAGAGGCUGGCGGACAUGCAUUCUUCAAUAAUAUCAGAUCACAAGCAACAAAGGGAGCUGGGGUGAUACACAAGAAUUUGUUUGGAAAGGGAGGACGAAUUAGCAGCUUUGCACAGAAGGAACCUUUGAUCGACGACGAGCAUUACGUUCUAAAAGUUAUCAACAAACCUCUUAUCGAACAAACACGACUCACCAGAAUAUCAAAAAGACUGGAAGAUUCAAGGGACAAGACGGAGUUUUGGAUGCCAUCCUUCCCGUGGAGAGCAAUUGAUUAUCUUAAUUACAAAGGGAGCGAUGUUGAGGGACUUUACAGAGUACCUGGAAGUGGGCCGCAAGUUAAAAAAUGGCAGAGAAGAUUUGAUGAAGAAAUGGAUAUCGAUCUCUUCGAAUGUGACGAUUUGUACGAUAUAAAUAUCAUCGGCUCAAUGCUGAAAGCAUGGCUUCGCGAACUCCCCGACGAACUUCUUCCCAGAGCUGCACAAGAUCGAAUUGCCAGAGAGUGUGCGGGUUCUCAGAAGGUUCCUCAACAACUUGUCGACGAGUUAUCUAACCUUUCACCAUUCAAUUACUACCUUCUCUUCGCCAUCACUUGCCAUUUGUCUCUUCUACUCGCCCACUCCGAAAAGAAUAAGAUGGACUUUAGGAAUCUGUGUAUAUGUUUUCAGCCUUGCAUGAAGAUGGACGCAUUUUGUUUCAAAUUUCUUGUUUGCGACUGGAGGGAUUGUUGGAAGGGUUGUAAGACAGAAGCGGUAUAUAUCGAACAGGAGUAUAUGCUCUUUGACCAGAUGCCACCGGGAAGUGCUGGAGGAUGUAGCAGCAUCGCUGUUGAGAGUCAUGAUGAGAGGAAUGUUAGCAGCUCGGACAGCAGCAAGCCAUCGAGUGUCAGCCUCGAGCAUCAGGGUCGAAAACAUAGCAAUGAGAAGGGUCGGAAAACCAGUGGGGAGAAGAACCAACGUCGCAGCCCGGAUAUUGAGAAGAACCAACGCAGAGUCCCGGACAUCGAAAAGAAUCAACGCCGAAGCCCGGAUAUUGAGAAGAACCAACGCAGAGUCCCAGACAUCGAAAAGAAUCAACGCCGAAGCCCGGAUAUUGAGAAGAGCCAACGCAGAGUCCCAGAGAUCGAGAAGAAUCAACGCAGAGUUCCGGAGAUUGAAAUAAACCAACGCAGAAGUCCGGAUAUUGAGAAGAAUCAACGUAGAGGCCCAGACGUCGAGAAGAAUCAACGUAGAGGUCCAGAGAUCGACAAGAAUCAACGCAGAAGCCCAGACAGCGAGAGAAACCAAAGGGAGGUUGCAAUGAGUCAAAGUAGUAGUAUGAACAGUAUCGAUACUGUCAGCACCACUUUGACCGUUGUGCAACCAAAUAAGCCUCGAAAUGGUGAUCUCAGACCAUUGAGUCCUAUCAAGCCACUCUCUCCUAUCGGGUUUUGA